CAUUCCACCUUUCCACUGCAAAAUUAUCGUUCAUGAACAAACUCUAACUCUGACACACACACACACACACACACCAAAUUUCGUCAAUUUAAAUACAACACAGAAAUUAAGAUACACUCUCUUUUCCUCUUUCUUUCUAUACCACCUAAAUUCCUUUCGUAUCCAAUAAUCAAAAUAAAAAAAAAAAUCCCCAAAAACCAUAAACCCUAAAUCCCCAAAUUGAAAUUUUGCUGGACAUGCUCGUUAUCGAAACACACUCUGUUUCGAUCAAUGGGUAUGACAACUAGCAAUCGAAAACGCUCUGAAGAAUGCAUGUCCGUAAAUCACACUCUCUCUUCUCCACCUUCAUCAAAUUACCACAGAAAAAAACCCAAAAUUUCAUCCGAAUUAACCCGACCCGUUUCAUCUUCAUACGGCGUCGUUUCCAGAAUCUCCCGUUACCCCGACACCAAACCACCGUUUGUUCGUGAAGUUCACGCGCCUUGCAGACCUAAAAAAUUCAAUCUUGCUAGAAAAUUAUCCAGCUUCGUUUCCAACACCAACGACAUCAUGGGGAAUUUUCUGGUGAGGAAUUACGAAAAAAAGAAGCUUUCUGCAUUGGGUAAAUGUAGAUUGGUGUCUAAGAAGGAGACUGUGGUGAUUGAUUUGGAUGGGGAGGAGAAUAGUGAUCGUCGUUCGGAUGAUUCUGGUGUGGUUGAGGUUGUUGAUGUUCGUGAUUCGGAUGCUAAAGUUGAGGAAUUGGAUGAUAUGGUUAUUGAAAAUGGUGUUCAACGGGGGUCGCCGGAUUCUGCUUUGACUAAAGCUAUUGUGGAUUUGGAGGAGCAUGAUUUUUCGAGUGUUCAUGUGUAUAAGAAGUUGCUUGAAGGUGUUCAGAGAAGAACUGAUGCAAUUCAGAAUUUGAAUUUUGAAAUUGAGCUGAAUGAGAAAAGGAGAGAUACUUUUCAAUUGUUGCGUCCUAAGAAGGAAAUUGUUGAGGAAGUUCCGUUUGAGCCUUUUAUCCCUCUAACGGAUGAUGAAGAACAUGAAGUUUCUCGCGCGUUUUCUACCAACCGGAAGAAGAUAUUGGUUACACAUGAGAGUUCUAAUAUUGAGAUAGCGGGAGAAAAGAUUCGGUGUCUUCUUCCGGGUGCAUGGUUAAAUGAUGAGGUAAUAAAUUUGUAUCUUGAGUUGCUGAAAGAAAGGGAGCGAAGAGAACCAAAGAAGUUUCUGAAAUGUCAUUUUUUCAGCACCUUUUUCUACAAAAAGUUAAUAAGUGGCAGGGAUGGAUAUGAUUACAAAUCUGUCCGAAGAUGGACGACUCAAAGGAAAUUGGGAUACAACCUAUUUGAUUGUGAUAAAAUAUUUGUACCCAUCCAUCAAGAAAUUCACUGGUGCCUUGCGGUUAUUAAUAAAAAAGAUGCAAAAUUCCAGUAUCUUGAUUCAUUGAAAGGAAAGGAUAACCGCGUGCUAAAAGUGCUGGCUAGAUACUUCGUAGACGAAGUAAAGGACAAAACUGGAAAAGAUAUUGAUGUAAGCACUUGGGAUAGAGAAUUCGUGGAUGACCUUCCGGAGCAGGAAAAUGGGUUUGACUGCGGUGUGUUUAUGAUAAAAUAUGCAGACUUUUACAGCAGAGGCUUGGGGCUAUGUUUUAACCAGGAGCACAUGCCUUACUUUCGGCGCAGGACAGCUAAAGAGGUAUUGAGAUUGAGAGCUGACUAAGCAAAGGAGUGACCAUUCAUCAGUAUCCCAAUCCAACACUCCGUCGUCAAUAUCGGAAUUUUGUCAGGUCUAAUUUGACGGAGGAUCCUUUUUUGCAAUGUCUUAACUAUAGUCAUUCAGGGAUUUUGGAGCUUUUGCUUGCUUGGAAGCUGAACUGACGACUAUAAAUAUAGUCCCGGUGUCUAGGUAUAGCACGUCAGUCGUGUAGAAUGGCGUAGGUUGUAUAUACAGUAUACAAGAGUGAAUUAUUAGACGACGAGGUUGAGGUGUUAACUAUGUAAUGACAUUCUUGCUUCCUCACCAGUAAGGAUUCUUUUUUUACUCAGUUUUGCAUUGUUGGUAGUGUAGAAUGAAGUAGGUUUUCAGCUAGUGUUUGUUAUUUUCUUCAAGGAAAUUGAGAGUAAAGAAAUUGAGGAAAGAAAAAAUGAUGAUUUCAUAGAUAAUGGUUGUGGCAGGCUCUACAUUUGAGCAUUUGUCAAUCCUAAUUUUGAAUAAACUUGGUUUUGUAACCUCAAUUUGGUUAAAAUUGAUUUUGAAGUGAA